AUGCCGAACAUGAAGCAAUACCAUCUCCUCCCAACAGACCUCGUUCCAAAUUCACCACGACCGCUUCUGCACUAUAAAAAUGUACUAGCCAAACGUCGCGGUACCACGCAUUGCGACCCUGCCGAGGUCUGGGACAUGUUUACUAAGAAUGGAUGGGACGUCGAAUGGAUCUUUCGAUACCCCCAGACUCAAUUGUCCCACUUCCACUCAGAGGCACAUGAGUGCAUGGCAGUCCUUUCAGGAACCGCAACUAUUCGCUUCGGAGUAGGUGACACCUCAGACGAUCUCCAAGAAAACACCUACGGCUCGUCUUGGGAGAAUGGCGGUAUUGAGCUUCAAGCUGAAGCAGGAGAUGUCUUUGUCAUUCCAGCAGGGGUAGCUCACAAAACGUACAACACCAAACCCGAAGCAGAGUUCAAGCUCAUGUCACCCGGUGUUGGACACGGCAUCGAAGCUGAUGAUCCACGACAGGCUUUGUCAGAGAUUGAGUUGUCGGGCUAUACCAUGAUGGGAGCUUACAAUGGCGGAAAUUGGGAUUUUGUCAAGAGUGGUGGUGACUAUGGCAAGUCGUGGAGGGUUCGAAAGCCCAAGUGUGACCCUGUAUUUGGGGAGGUGGAUGGCCUUGUGAAGAGUUGGCCUGGGGACGACAAGGAUCCUGAUUUGGAAAUUGUUCAAGUAGAGAACAGGGAGCGUCAGAACAGGGGGUCCAAACUUUAG